AACGGGGUCCGCCGCGGCCGCGGCAGCAUGGCCCAGGCGGCGCAGCUCAACCUCCUGGAGCCCGCCUGCCCCAUCCAGGUGGAGCACGAUCGGAAACGGCGGCAGUUCACCGUCCGGCUGAACGGUUGCCACGACAAAGCAGUCUUGUUGUACGAGUAUGUGGGGAAGCGGAUUGUGGACUUGCAGCAUACCGAAGUUCCAGAUGCCUACCGAGGGAGAGGGAUCGCUAAGCAUCUUGCCAAGGCAGCCUUGGAUUUUGUGGUCGAAGAGGACCUGAAAGCCCACCUCACGUGUUGGUACAUCCAGAAAUACGUCAAGGAGAACCCUUUGCCGCAAUAUCUGGAGCGUUUGCAGUCUUAGUGCACGAGGGCUGCAAAGCCCAGACUUCUCUGACCCAAGCUGACCGCACCCAUUCUUCCAUUUGGCUCUUGCCAGAGUUGGCUGGCUCGAAAUCGGUCGCUUCCACGCCCUUCUGCUCUAAGGAACCCAUCCAGGUGUGAAGCUUGGUCUUUGGCGGGCAUUACUAGCUCACGGCAAUGUUUUUCCGGCACAGUCCUCUGCCGCAGAGCCCGCCUCCCUUUCCAGGUCUUCCUCCCCAGGGAGUCCAGCUCAGGAGAAAGUCCAUGAGACUCGGCACCUGUUGGCUUGGUAACUCCGAGCAGAGCGGGAACAGUUGAGGGGCUUCAAUACUGAGGUAGCAAGAGCUAAUUUUGGACAUCUGGUCGGCUCCUUGGCUGCACGUCGCCAUGUGGGAAAUGAAAUCGACAACGCAGGAGAAACCAAGGUCAUUGCAAGGGCUGAGCCUGGAAGGGAAGUGCUUGCCAGGUGCUAAAUGCAAUAAACUCGCUUCAAAGGCGAGGCGGCGUUGGCAUUCCCCUGGAAGUGCCUCUCCAGACACAGGAGAGAUGGACCGCGAGAGGCAUCUGGGACCGUCGUCUUUCCUCCCUCGGAGAAGGACUCGGCCCACGUCAUAGCAGCUGCCACACAAAGCCGAACGGGGCGUUGUUAAAUGAUGGGCCUGGUUUGGAACAGGAAUGCUUGGACGCUCCUGCACAUUUGAGAAGGAGAGGGCCUGGGGUGUUGUUCUUUGGGUUGGAGGGGUUCGCUUGGACCCCCGAGCUUCCCUUCUGAAAUGGAGGACGAUCCCUGCCGUGUGGGAGAAGCAAUAACAAAACCUGUGGGCGAGGGGGGUGGAGGAAGAAGGGAGGGAAGGGCGAGGCGGUGGGGACGGUGUGCCGUAAGAGCAUCUUGGGCGUUUUCACGGUGGGAAGCUCUGCCCUGCUUGAGAGCCACUUUUAGGACCCCUGCCGGAGACGUGGCCAGGAGGGAGAUGCCGUGGCCUUGACUUGCGGCAGAGAAAGGAAGGCUGGACGGGAUUUGCUUGGCUACCUUGAACAUGUGUGAACGAGGGGAGGGAGGAGAAGCCGGGGUUUGUUUGGCUUGCCCUUCUCCAGUGGAGCAGGGAGGAGAAGAUAUUCCCGCUGGAAACGUUUCACCUAAUCCUCGCCCUGCAUGGGGUGCUGUUGGGAUGCCAUGUGGUUACUCCUGCCUGGGACGAUGACAUUUCUGGAUGACGUGUUCUCAGUUCCUCUUUUCCAUGAUUCUGCCUGUGGCCCGAACAGCCUUUUCGGUACAGGCCUGGCAGCCUCGGCUCGACAGAAGAGGCAUUGGAAGCUCUUACUAGACCAAGCUUAGGCCCAGGUUGUUCUGAGGUUGUGUCUCGGGGCAUCAGCGUUGCCUCUUCCGCCGCCCCACCGUACCGAGCUCACUCCCUGAGAUACACGGUUGGAAGUUUCCGCAGACAGAGGUGGACAUGAGCUAGGUCCAGGUGACUGCAUCCACAUGGACCGCUUAAUUGUGCGUCUUUCAACGGAACUAAGGUUGUUCAGGUCUUACCAGUGAUAUUUUUAAAGCAGCAGACGGUCCGUUCCGACAUUUCAGGGCAAUCCUUCCUGUCUGGGGUGACUCUUAUACCGAUGGAGUCAGACGGGGUUCUCCUUCGAUCAUUUGGAGUGUUGCUAGCCAAGGCCCAUGCAGUGGGUACAUUUGGUCGUGGGACAGAGUGUCUUUUGAUUUCCAGGGGAAGCUUGGUGAGAUCUCGGUUUGGUCACCCUGCCUUAAACGAGCCCAGCAUUUUGGGAGUGCUGGUGAAUUUUCCGUGAGGUGCUACAGUGAUCAUUUUGGCCUCGGAUCCAACUGAGACAUAUUUCGUCACCACCCCAGAUUUAUUGCUGGGCCCACCUGUUUUAUUUGUGUUUGUCAUUUUUGAGUCAAGCAGUUAGGCCUAUUUUUUCAGGCUGGGCUCUGUAGCAACACACCCCUUGUUACCAGGGGAACUUGAAGUCAAUGGUGGUGGGAUGGAAAUAACGUUUUGCUUUUCCAGGUAGCCCAGCUCUGUCAUCGAGGUCUCCCUUGCAGCUGGCUAUGGCCAAACCCAUUCAUCUGACUGGCUGCUGGAGGAUGUCUCUCUUCUUGAUGCAUGGAAGGCACACGCUCCAUCCGAACAACUUCCAAAGCCAUGAACAGGAAAAUCUGUUCUUGGCUUUUCCUCCAGAGUUGUUUUUCCACUCCAUGUGGGUUUAUUUUUUCCUUCCAACCUCCUUCUUCUAAUUAUAAAGUGAUAAAAAUGUGCCUUUCCUACUCAGGACCUUUUAAACACGACCUUGUUCUUGUUUGUGUCUAACAUUAUCUUUCCCUCUUUGUCAUAUUAUUAAUGAAACCUGACCCUGUUGCAUGGAAUCCAAUAAAAAGUGUGGCUAAACCAA